AUGACAGCUGAAAACAAGUUAGAAUUCAAACAGGAGGAUGAAGGGCAGUUUAGAGGCCUGGGUGACAGAGUAAGACUCCAUCAAAAAAAAAAAAACACACUAAGUCAUCUCCAAGUUCAAAGCAUUCUGCAAACAAUUGCAAGGCAGAGCCACCAGAAACAUACACCUGAUUUUCAUGACAAAUACAGUAAUGCUGUAUUAGCUAGUGGAGCCACUUUCUCUAUUGCUGUAUGGACUUAUGUAGCAACUCAAAUUGGAAUAGAAUGGAACCUGUCCCCUGAUGGGAGAGUCACUCCAAAGGAAUGGAGAGAUCAGUAAUCAUCCCAGCUGGUGUAAUACUGAAUUGUU